AUGUAUGCAGGAACAGCAAAGUUCCCUGUACGUAAGGGAAAAAACUAUCUUCUUCGUAUCGUCAAUGCUGCAGUCUAUAAUCACCUCUUUUUCAUGGUUGCAUCACACAAUCUGACAGUGGUAGCCGUGGAUACCUCUUACACAAAGCCAUACAUAACAGACAUUCUGGUUUUAUCAUCUGGUCAGAUUGCAGACGUUCUUCUCACAGCCAAUCAAGCGAAAGCCAAAUACUAUAUGGCCGCCAAAGUAUACACUACUCAUUCUGAAGCAAAUAUUGAUAACACCACAACAACCGCCAUUCUAAGCUACGUGGGCUCUAAAUCAUCUACCACUCCAAUCCUUCCAGAAUACAACGACACUGCAACUGUGACCAACUUUAGAGAAGCAUCCGAUGUCGCCAUUCUGCAAGCUUAUCACUUCCACAUUGAUGAUGUCUAUACCACCGACUUUCCUUCCAAUCCACCCAUUGAGUAUAAUUAUAACGGCGAUGUAGACAAAACUCUGUGGGUUCCUAUUUCUGGAACAAGGGUGAAAGUGAAUGAAUAUAAUGCCACAGUUCAAGUUGUGUUCGAGGGAACCAACAUCUUCCAAGCAGACAAACCAUCCAAUGCAUAUUCACGGUUAUGA